AUGUCGCGCAAUCCAGGCUACUCGCGGGCGGGAGCCAAUGGAGGCUAUGCCAAUGGCAACGGCAACUACGCGGGCGGAGGAUAUAAUGGAUACGCGGGCGGCGACGGCAGCUACGAAGACCGACCGAGUGGUGAGCGACCACGAAGACCGGGCGGAUACGGUGGCAUGAGCGCGCAGCAGGACGACUAUGCACCACGACCGAGCAACGAGCGCGAACGUCCCCGACGACCUGGUGGCUAUGGCGGCCUUGCUCAGGAAGAUGACAUGGAAAGAAGACCCAGCGCCGACCGCGAGCGCCGGCCUGGGGGCUAUGGUGCAGGCGGCUUUUCAGGGCGUGACGAGAGCCCUCGUCAAGUCACACGGCCUACCAGCAUUGAACGCAGCCCAGCGAAACGCCGUAGCGGAGAGCGACAGAACGGGAGCCGGCCCAGGAACGCAAACAAUGGACAAGGCAGCCAGGCGAUCGAGGAGGUUCUCCAAUACAUACAACAAAACUGGGAGUUCAUGACCAAGGACCAAUGCGUCCCUAUCGAAGUCGCCCUGAAGCUCAUGGAUUCGAGUUCGCUCGGCCUGGCAAAUCAGGCUGGUCAGUUCCAGCAAACACACGAUCAGCUGCAGAACGCUCUGAAAGGCAUCGUCAACGAACACCAUCAGGGAUUCAACAGCUCCAUUGGUACCUUCCAUCAGAUCCAGUCCAGUCUCCAGAGUUCCCAACACCGUGUCAGAAGUCUUAAAGGUUCACUUGUUGCGGCCAAGUCACAACUCUCCACGGCCAAGCCAGAACUUAAAGAGUUCGCUACGACCUCCCAGAAUUAUGAUGAGAUGUUACAAAUGCUCGAUACCAUUGAGAAACUCCAACUCGUCCCCGAGAGAUUGGAAGCUCGCAUAUCAGAGAAGCGUUUUCUCACAGCUGUAGAUAUUCUACAGGAUGCUCUACGAAUGAUACGAAAGACUGAAAUGGAGAAGAUCGGAGCCCUGUCUGACUUGCGCACAUAUCUUAGCAACCAAGAAGUAUCUUUGACCGACAUAUUGAUCGAAGAACUUCACAGCCAUCUCUACCUCAAAUCGCCUUACUGCGAAGACAGAUGGAAGGAGUAUGCUCAGAACCAGGUCAAGGGCGAUCUGUCUCAGCGCGCUCAGACUGACGCAAGAGGCCGCCUGCUCUACUAUUUCCUAGACGGUCUCGAUACUUCAGAACCGAUGACGGACGAUUCCACCCAUAAUCCUGAAACAGACACAUUCCAGUACAUACGACUAGUCAUAGAGGCGCUGAACAAGAUGAGUCGUCUAGACAUGGCAGUAGACACAAUUGAACAGCGGUUGCCAGUCGAACUCUUCAAAGUUGUGGACAAGUCCAACAAUGAAGUCGCCCAACGACACCCGAGCAUACUACGAGCCUACUCGGCUAAAAAGAAGGGCAAAGCAAAGACUGAAGUAGAAAAUGAGGAUGUCCGGACGACCCUUCUGAACGAUUUGAUGUGGACUCUAUAUGCCCGUUUCGAAGCGAUUGCAGAAAGUCACCGAGUCGUGCAUGACGUUGUGGCUGGUAUCGUUCGACGAGAAAACCGAGCUGCAUCAAGCGCAACAUUGACACGCGGUUUCAAGGAAUUGUGGAAGUUGUACCAAAGUGAGAUGCGAUCACUUCUCCACGACUAUCUUGCUACAGACGGUGAAGCAUCUUAUAGAGGCGGUCAAGGUCAGGCGUCCACUAGCAGCGCGUUCUCGCGCGCUCCUCGAGACCGGAAUAAGCGCAUGUUCAAGCUGUCCGACGUGGAUACGAAGGCGACAGAGCUCUCCAAAGAACGAGAAGACCUAGAAAUCAUUCUCAAGACAUCCGUGCCUGGACUCGUGUCCGACUCAAAGAGACCAGAGGAUGUCAACACUAACACAACUACCAAUCUUGAUGGCAGUGCGACCGGACACAAACUUUUGGUUGAGCCCAGUGUCUUCAACAUGGGCAUUCUGUUACCGCCAUCGCUAGACUUCUUGAACCGAUUAAAGGAGGUUGUGCCUUCAAAUGCUGAUAUCAGCAUGAGUACUUUGACUUCUUUCCUAGACGAUUUCUUGGUCAAUGUCUUCCACCCACAGCUGGAUGAGACCCUUAUCGAGUUAUGUUCUCAAACCUUCAUCGAGAUCGACUCAUUCAACGAGGACCCUCACUGGUCGAGACAUUCCAAGAAGCCCAUCUUCAAGGGAACUGCACAAUUCUUUACCCUUAUUACUGCUUUCUGCAAGAUGUUGGACAACCUUCCCCACGAUCAAGCUUUCUCCCAACUCAUCGUCAACCAAAUGGACACAUACGCCCAAAAAUGUAGUGGCUGGUACAAGGCUCUUGUUAGUCGAUCGCAGCCUACGGCAAGCGGUCGUCUUAUGAAGGCUCCUGCCGUGUGGGCGGAGUCUGAAGCAAUGGAAGAGCUUAUUGCCCGCCUCGUGCGAACAGACCCAUCAGAUUACGAGGAGUUGAACAAAGCCAUUGAGAACGAGGUUGAUCUUCUGAUCGAAGCAGUAGAAGCUGAUGAGCCCCUGGAUCAGGCGGAUAUGAUUCAGGAUAAGAAGAGUAUUGUCAGCCUAUGUUUGCUGUACACAAGUAUGAAGUGGCUAGCUACCAAGACGGCGCAACUACGACAUAUCAGUGAUCGUGCGUCUGACCCGAUUACUGCGGAGUCAAAUGGCCAGAGGCACAACAGACGCUGGACUCAGCUUUCCUCGGCCGACCCCAGGCCACAGAGCGCUCAGGUGUAUCUCCCAUUGAGUGCAGACACAGCUGCUAUAUUUGACGCAGUAGUACAAACCUAUCAUGCUCUCAGCACGCGUGUCUUACGGACGCUGCACUUAUCAAUCCGUUCGACCAUCCUACACUCACUAAACGCGAGCACACAACCCAAUGUCUACAUAGAUACUCUACUCAGCGACCCCGACCCCGCCAUCCUCGCCCUGAACGCCACACUCGUCUCCUUCGAUACCGAAGUAUCAACAUACAUCCCGGUCGCGUCUUACAUGCACAUAACACGUGGUCUAGCAACCCUAAUGGACACCUACCUCCUCAACCUCUGCACCUCCAAGAUAACACGCAUGAAUACCAACGGGUGUGCAUUGAUGCAACUCAACAUCCUGGUCCUCCAGCAGAAUCUCAAGAACAUCGAAGACGGCGCUACCUUACCUUAUGCAGCCCUGUUCUUCGACCUCUUCACCGCAGGCCCAGAUGCGAUUGUCGCGCGAGCGAAAGAGCAUGGUAAGGGCUUUGGUGUGCCGGGUGACGUGUUUGGGGAGCAGGAGGUCAAGAAAUUGUUGCAGAUGAUCUAUGAAGAAAGGCUUAAUGAUCAGAAUAGGGAGGCUAGUGUGCAAGCGAAGAGGGCGUUGGAUGCGCAAUUACUCGAGAUCAGUGAGUUCAUGUAUUAG